GUGCCCGCGGAGCGGCGGGCGGGAGGGGCGGGCCGGGCACCGGCGCCGGGGCCGCGUCGGAGCCGAGUCGCGCUCCCGCGGGGCUCGGGAGUGAGCGGGCGGCGGGCGGCGGCGCGAGGGGAGCGGGCGGGGGGCUCGGCGGCGGCGGCGGACCCAACAUGGCGGAUCCCGGCGGAGGGGCUGCGUGCCGCCUACCCUCUCCCAUGCCGGGGCGCGGGGUGGCGGAGGGAGCUCGGUGCCGCCGAUGGGUCCCGGCCCCGCGGGGAGGGCCGGGGUCCCUCGGGGCGAACGGGCCGCCCGGCCCGCCAGCCCCGCUCCUGUCACAGCCGCCCGCAGCGCUGCGGGCUGCUCUGCUGGCCGCGGUCCUGCCGGUAAAUGACAGCCGGAAAGGAGCGCGGGGCCGCCGGGCAGGCCUGGCUGCCGAGCAGGGGAGCUGGGGAAGCAGAAGUGCUCGCGGCAUGGCCGAGGCGUCUCUCCUCCUCUGCUUCGCAGAGGCCAUGUUGUGCGUCUGUAACCGCGGCCAUCCAUCCGGGUUCCCUCCCGAGCCGUAACACCUCUCUUCCCUCACCUGAGCCGCUCCCGGGGUGGCCCCGCGUCACCUCGGCUGUCCCUCUCAGCGUGGCUGAUGGCAGCGCGGUGACAGCACGAGGCAGGAGGGUAUGGCACAAGUCAUGCGGUGUUGCACAAGUGGCUCUUUCCGGUGCAGGAGCAGAAAUGACGGGGCAUGUUGCCUCAGUGCCGGGAGGAAAGGGGAAUCCUUUGCUCCCGGUCAGCUGUCUGUGGCCAGGGAUGUUCCUCCUCCCGAGAAGCAGAGAAGACAGCAGAAAAAAGCUUGUCUCAAGGAUGCACCGUUUCUCCUCCCCUUGGUCAGUCAGCACAGCUGCAGGUUAGGUGCUGCAGGUCCUUCUGGAAGGCUCCUGCCUGGGGCUCAGCCUCCUCGAUGCGGCUACCUCUGCUGGUCCUGGUGGCCCAGCUGGCUGCUGCUAGCUGUGCUGGUGGCUUUUGGGAAGCAUAGAGCAGAGGGUCGAGUUGUGGCCCAGUGUGAAGCGUGAGUGUCAGGGUGUCCCACACUGCUGAUCACAGCAAGCUGCCAGCCUGGUGUGGGAGGGAGGGGGUGACGUGUGGGUAAGGGGACUGCAGCUGUGGGACACCUGAGAUGGGUGAAGGAAAGCACUGCGGCUGUUAGUAGGCAGCACCGCAGAUGUCAGAGACCCAUUCAGAGCCCAAGGAGGUGCAUGUCUUUGCCAAGGAACCUGGUUAUGGCAAAGAGGAAAGUGAGUGAGCUAAAACCUUCUUCCCAGCCCUUCUGAAUCCUGCACAGCUCAUGCAUGCCAGCAGAUGGGAGAAGCACUGAGUUUCAUAGCUCUGCAGCAGUCUCCAGUGACUGGUUGUGUAUUCCCAGUUGAAAAUAGCCGCCUUGCACCAAAACACAGCAUCUCACGGAAUAGGUUAGCUGGGUCUGCCUCCUCUCCCAGGCAGCAGUGCGGCUUGCUCUCUGCGCUGCAUGGUGGUGGGUUGGGGGAUGCUGCUCAGCUUCAACCCCCACCCCAGCUGUUGGGUUUUUGGCUCUGAAGCCCUGGCACUUGCUGCCAUUCUUUCCUUGAUAAAUGUGAGAGACAGCAGUGCUGGGGGGGGGGCAGUGGGCAGUGGGGGGUUGUGAAUAAUAGUAAUGGUAGGAGGGGUUUGUUCCAGUCUGGACUGGUCCAGUCUAGUUCUUCUCUUCCUGUCACCCUGUGAACAAUGCUGCUGCCGCUGUGGCUGAUGCUUGUGCCACUGCAGCCCCCUCCCCAUGUGUUUGGGGCUGUGGCGAGUGCAGGGAGCUGCUCCAUUCUCUCCCCCCUCUGCCUGGGGUGGGCUGAGCACGCCGGCCUCCCUCCCUCUCACUGCCAGAGGAUAGCAGGCAGCCACCAGCUCCCAGGACGUAAAACCCAUGAAAAAGAGGGAUUUCCACAAGAAUUUGCAUGGAGUGGCAUUGUCUGGUGCUAAACAGCCAUGCAAGAUUUUCUCCUGCUUUACUGGAGGCAAGAGGAAGGCUCACUGCAUCCUCUGGUGCUGCAGCUGCAUGGAGGCGUUCUGCUUAUGCAUCCGGGGCAAAAUCUCUGAUCAAGUUUACAACUAUCCAGAAGGCUUAGGAGAAGUGCUUUAUAGAGAACAGUUCGACUUCAACGCUGAGCCACCUUGGGAACCUAGCUGAUGAUAGUAGGGUUCCAUCUCCUAACUUGUCCAUUUUGUUGCAUAAUUUAAGGACCCGGAUAUAAGGCUUGGAAGCCCAUCCCUUGUGUUUCUUGGUUUAUGACUGUCGGCUUUGCGGAAUACGGCUGAGAUGAAAGGAUUUCUCGAGGAUGCAAAUUACUCCAUUGGCCUGUUGGAUGAAGGAGCAACACUUGCAGAUGUUAUUGACAACUGUAUUUAUGAACAUACUCAUACUGGAAAAAGAGCAUUUUAUGUUGGUGAUCUUGGAAAACUUGUAAAGAAAAACAUACAAUGGCAGAAUGUGAUGGCACCAAUAAAACCAUUUUAUACUGUAAGAUGCAAUUCUACUCCAGGUGUCCUUGAAAUCCUGGGAACCCUUGGGAUUGGAUUUGCAUGUUCCAGUAAAUCUGAAAUGGCAUUGGUGCAAGGCCUGGGCAUUUCUCCUGAAAACAUUAUAUAUACAAAUCCUUGCAAGCAAGCUUCUCAGAUAAAGUAUGCAGCAAAAGCUGGAAUAAACAUCAUGACUUGUGACAGUGACAUUGAGCUGAAGAAAAUUGCACGUAACCAUCCAAAUGCUAAGCUCUUACUGCACAUUGCCACAGAAGACAUUACUGCUGAUGAGGAGAUGAAUAUGAAGUUUGGCACCACUCUGAAGAACUGUAGGCACCUCAUGGAAUGUGCUAAGGAGUUUGGAGUCCAAAUAGUUGGUGUUAAAUUUCAUGUUUCAGGCUCUUGCAAGGAACUGCAAACGUACAUUCAUGCUAUAUCUGAUGCUCGGUGUGUGUUUGACAUGGCUGAAGAAUUUGGCUUUAAGAUGAACAUGCUGGAUAUCGGUGGGGGCUUCACAGGUUCAGAGCUUCAGCUGGAAGAGGUGAAUCAUGUCAUCAGGCCUUUGCUGGAUGUCUACUUCCCCAAGGAAUCUGGUAUCCAAGUGAUUGCAGAGCCUGGAUGUUACUAUGUUUCGUCUGCUUUUACACUGGCAGUUAACGUAAUUGCAAAGAAAGCUGUUGAUUGUGACAAACUUCUUCCUUCUGGAGUGGAGCAAGCUAGGAAUGAUGAUGAACCAGUAUUUACAUACUACAUCAACGAUGGUGUUUAUGGUUCUUUUGCAAGUAAAUUGUCUGAGAAACUGUAUACUAAUCCAGAGGUUCACAAGAAAUACAAGGAAGAUGAGCCUCUGUUCGCAAGCAGCCUUUGGGGUCCAUCCUGUGAUGAGCUUGAUCAAAUUGUGGAAAACUGUCUUCUUCCUGAGCUGAGUGUUGGAGAUUGGCUGAUCUUUGAUAAUAUGGGUUCUGGUACCUUAGGUGAACAGUCCACCUUCAAUGACUAUCAGAGGCCGCUCAUUUACUACAUGAUGUCCUUCAGUGACUGGGAUGAGAUGCAAGAUGCUGGAAUUGCUUCAGACACAUUGAUGAAGAAUUUCUUCUUUGUGCCUUCUUGCAUUCAGCUGAGCCCAGAAGACCGCUUUUCCACUGCAGCUUAAACAGGCAUUAACGCUUCAUUUAGACCUGCAGUUGCAAGUCUGUAGUUUGUCUGGUCAACAUUCCAGUGUGGAAGAAAUGGAACAAUCUUGAAUUCAAUUCAUUCUCUUCAAAACUUGAAAAAAAUAGUACUAGCUAAUGGGGACCAGGCAAAACAAGCUACAGCUACAAUUCACCGGGGGGAGGGAGGGUUAGAUAAUGGCAUCCAAAUUUAAACUUACGUUUAUUCAACCCCUGAGCGUUUAAAUAUGCAACAAAAUGGAUGACUUAGUGGAGAUGGAAACCCAUCACUUGGGUUCUUCAACAGUUUACAUACAAGUACACAGUUUUUAUACUAAGGAUUCCUGUUAGAAAAGUCUUGUAAAGUUAUUGUCUUUCGCCCAGAUAUAUCAAAUGUCAGUGGGAGACCAGUGUGACUUCAUUAGAUGUUUAGUGUAUUUAGAAUGUGUAAAUUUGUGCUUUGAACUGUAGUUUAAUAAAUGUAAAAUUGCAUCAUA